AGAUUUACCAAACUCUAAACUUGUAGAUAAAUUCUCCGAGUUAAUUAGCUAUUCAAGUGAGGAGGGAUUCCUUAGACGCAAAGAAUUAGACGUCUUGAAAUCAGUCACACAUGAAGAAGCGAUAAAAGAUACUAUUUCGCAUCUUGAAACGGCGGAAGAAAACGAAAAUGUAUUAACUACAAACAUAUCUAGUGCAGUGAAACGUACUUAUAUACAAGAAGAUUCCAAUUUGGUGGAUAAUGUAAAACAAUUUUCAUCCCAAUAUAAUAAUCUUAAUAUAAGCAGAACACCUAGGCGAAGUGCAAUUAUGGCUUUACAAAAUAUUAGUCUUAUGUCUUUAGAGCAAAGUAUAUCUUCAACAAGUCGUGGUAAUAACCGAACAAAAAUUAUUGCGAAAGAAAUGGAUAUUUCUGCUAUGCAUGAAGAGAAUACGCCAAAAAGUCAAAAGAAAGUAAAAAGACGUACAUCAUGCACAGCAAAAGACCUUGAUAUUUCGGUGGCAAGUCCAAAAAUAAAAAAACGGCGUACAUUAUAUACACCGAGACUUACAAGUAUUGAAAGUGAGCAAGUAGAUACAACUAAUAUUGAUCUCAUGACCUCAACACCUACUCAAGACAAAAAUAGGGAAUCUUCGAAAAGCUCACAAAGUGACUCUACACCGCAAACAUCGAAAACAUUAGUGAAAAGGAUGUUAACACCUUUUGCAAGUUCGACACUAAUCUUUCAGAGUUCACAAAGUGAUUUUUCAGAACCAAUGUCAACAGUUGAAAAUGUAGGAACACUAACUAGAAAUGAAUCGCAUACAUCAUUUCUAAGUACGAAAAGUGAAGUUUCAAAUGAUCAUUUGGACUCAACCAUAAGCGAUGAACUAAAAACGCCUGUGCAAGAAAAAUUCAAUAAUACAAACGGAAAUUUAUUGAUUGAUGAACAUGCCAAUGUUUUUAGCUCGUCGCGCCAACCAGGAAAUCGCCUUAGUGUUAAUAAAACACUCAUGGACAUCGUUUCACAACGUGUACAAAAUAUUAACAAAUCUGCCAGGCGAUCAUUACUACCACCGACAAUACAUAGUGAAUUAGAAAUGCAUCGCAAAUUCUUGAAUUCUGAAAUGCUUUCACAAUGUACACCAAAAGAACCACUUACUGUUACAGUUAAAACUACCACAUUAAAUUGUGAUAGCUGUGAUAUACCUUCAGAAGUAUACAGUACAGAACAAGUGCUGCAAGAAGAUAGAAAUGCUACUGCUACACCACCAGUUGCAAUUAAGAAACGUAAACUCUUUAUGCCAAACGAAAGUCCAUUGCCACAAAGCAAUGAUAAUAAACAUACAUCCAAUAUCAAUACAAAUAAACGUCGAAAAACUAUUUUGCCAACUGUUCAAAAGCAACCAUCGCCCUCAGCAGCACCACCUUCAUCACCACCACCAAGACCGCCACCAAUUUCUGUGAUCACUCCAUUGACAACAUUUGCCAACAAUAAAAUGACAGACUCAAAAAAUGCCAAUUCCGCUGAUGCCAAUCAAGAUGAUAUAUUUCUAAAUAAAAAAGCUGCGGAAAGCUUUUCAAAAGCACUGGAGAUAAAAGCUCAAAACGCAAAAAGUGAUAAACAAAAAACCAUAAACAUUUAUAAAAAAGCAAAAUUAAGCUCAGUAAGGGGCAAAAAAAAAGCUUCGCAUAUCGUUUGCACUAAUAUGCACAGUAAAGAGGUCGAAUCAACUCGAGAGGUUGGUACAGAAUGUUAAAUACAUUAAGACGUCCUGCUUAUAAUUUUCAUUUAAAUUAAUAUUAAUA